AUGUCCGACAUUUCCCUGUCACACUGCACAGCAGAAUGUUUUGUCAGUACGAAGUGUGAAGUGUUCGGAUAUACAUUUGCGGGCAAAAAGUGCUAUCUGUACGACGACUCGUUUGCAGUUUCUACGGCCCAGUCGUGCUCAGGGAACACCGUUAGUUAUUAUAGAGUAACAUGUGGACAACUGGCAACGUACACAUAUGUGAGCUCUUUGAAGAAAUGUCUCAGUUAUAAAUCUGAUCAACGAAUGGUCUGGGAGGACGCAAGGGACGCUUGCAGAGAUGAAGGCGGCCAUCUUGUGUACGUUAAAACGCAGGAAAUUCUGGACUAUAUCAUUGGGCAUAGAGAAACAGAAAAUACAAAAUACUGGGUAGGUGGAAAGCAGACCGAACUGGGCUCCAACGUUUAUGAAUGGUUGUCAGGGGAAACGAUAGAUUCCACGAACGGAGGUCAGCUCUGGUUGCCGGGGAGACCCAAAUUCAGCGACCCAACCUCAGAAUACUGCAUUUUGACAAGAGAAGUAGAUGAGAGUUUUGUAUUGAUUGACUCAGCGUGUAAUACGACAAGGAAGUUCUUCUGUGAAUUAGACAAUUUCUAA